AAACAUCACGGCCACUUCUGAUGUUGACUGGGAAUGGAAGCUUAUUAUGGGUGGCGAAUAGUAACCAGUUAGCUUCCUGUUAGUCGUGUUUCAUUCUUUCAAAGAAACCCAGAACGCCGCGAACAUGACAAACGUGUACUCCUUUGAUGGUAUUGUUGUAUUUGGAAUCCUCUUCAUUUGCACUUGUGCAUACCUGAAGAAGGUUCCUCGCCUGAAUAGCUGGCUUUUGUCAGAGAAAAGGGGUGUGUGGGGAGUCUUUUACAAAGCUGCUGUAAUCGGAACACGACUACAUAUUGCAGUAGCAUUGUCUUGUUUGUGCAUGGCAUUCUACCUAAUCUUUCUGAAAUGAUGCAAACGAAGCAGUCUGAUGGACACUGUUUGGACAUUGUGCCCUGGAAUUCCAUUAGCGCACUGAGUACUAGCAGAUGCUUCCACCUGCUGGUGAGGAUCCCCGUAGGUUCCAUUCCUGAUUCAUGUUCCAUUUUCACUCCCUGUUCAGUUUACUUUGAGUGAUUCUUACCCUUUGCAGUUUCUCAUGUAAUUACUUUAAGCUUGAAUAUGGAUAACUGGACCUACACUAAAGUAAAAUUUCCAAGAUCCCAAACCACAGCCAUGAAUCACAAAUUGAGAUGGAGAAAAUAACCUUAAGGAUAAAUAAGUUGUUCAUUUAGCCUGUGCCUGUUAGUCUGUACUUUUUCUGUGGUUGUUAAUGUAUGCUUGGACAAGUAAGGCCAAAAUGAACACGGAUCUUUUUUUUUCAGGAUUAUUGAAAGUCAUCUUGACAAUGUUUUGUGGGGUUUGGCCUGGCAGCACAAUUUAUUAAAACCUUUAAUUGGUCUCAGUCUUUUUGUAGUUGCAUCAUAUCUUAACAAUACUGUUUGUUUUAACAUGCUGAGUGUCUCUUCAGUCCUGAUCAGAUGUUCUGUUUUUGUUGUCUUAAAUUAAAACAGUUUUUUAGGAGAGAGUAGAGGAAUUCUGUUAGUUGGUAUUAAUUGGAUUGAGAUGUAAACCAAAAAAAUUCAGGUUUGCUGAAAGGUAUCAGAAAGGGUGUUAUUUUCUGAUCAUUAAAAAAAAUGGGUGUGCCAUUAAUAUACUUUAUAUUUUAUACUUUUGUCCAUUACCCGUUGAUCACAGUGGAAAUGAAAUAAAAAGUAACUUUUCA